AUGACAGCUAAUAUUUCAACAUUGCAAAUUGCAACAAAUGCAAAUGUUAAAGUGGUGGUCAGUGGAUAAAAAUAAUGUUAAUUGUACCUUCAUAUCUUCAAUUCCUGGCAGUAAUUUGAUUUCUAAUUAAAAUUCGGUAAACCUGAAGUGUAAAAAGUGAAUCAUAUUUUUUGCAUACAUGUUUGCCGAGUGUAACGAACAAUGUCGGAUAAUAAAAAGGUCGAUAGUCCUCAGGACGAGGACAAAUCAGAUAAUAUCGAUAGCUCCAUAGCAGUGUCCAUCAGUGAAAUAGCGAGUCCAAGUGGAAGUGUUAGAACAGCAAAGACUUCACAGCGUAUAACUACAUCAUCUGAUAGACAAUUAAAGUUUGAAAGGGCCCAAAAAGCCUUAGAAAAUGCAGCUCUUGUUUCGAAACGCAUCAAAGAACACCGAAAAGCAACUGCAGAGCUACUUGGUCGACCAUUUGAAGAUGAUGAUGCAGGGGAUACUGCAUCAGAAAUGGCAUCCACCGUGAGUGAGAGAACUGGUUAUUCUGUAGCAACCGAUACUUCUACAACUUUGUCUGUUAAAGAGGCCUUAAAUAUACCUGGUAUUAGUGAAAGUUUAGCAAAUACUUUGAAGCAAAAAGAACUACUAAUGGAGAGAAUUAAGCAAUAUAAGGAAAUUAGUAAAAGACCAAUAGCAAUAAAAUCUACUGCUAGUAGAAAAGAGUCCAUAGCAGAUAUAAAGGCAGAAGUAAAAAAGACUUCUGAUAAUACAGAUUUAAUUCAAAUUAUAAAUACAGUAAAAGAGAAAGAAAACAUGUUAAACAUAUUGCAAGUGAAGAUGAAAGUAAUGGAAACAACAAUAUUAGAUUUGCAGGAAAAAAUUAAUGAGAAGGACCAAAUUAUUGAAGCAAAGAAUAUGGCAACAAGUUUGAUGUCAGAUAGUUUGAGUAAAAAAGACAAAGACUCUAUGGCAUUACUUGAAGAUACAAGGCAACAAAUGACUAAAAUGCAAGAAAAUUUCAUAUCUAUGGAGUCUGAAUGGAAAGAAGAGAAGCAGAAAUUAUUGAAGGAAAUUGAAUUAAAAGACGAAAAGCUUAAACACCUGGAGGAAGCAAACACUAUUCUAGAAAACUCACGGUUUGAAAUAAGUGUGGCUCAUUCAAAAUUAGCUGAAAAAUUGGAACUUAAAAAUAAAGAGAUUGAAAAUCUUAUGGCUACUAUAGAAAACUUGUCAAAAGUACAAACAGAAAAAUCUUCAUUGAAAGAAAUAGACGAUAUUGAAGAAGAAAAAGGAUCAAAAGAAAUAACAAGUAUGGUGGAACUCUCCAAGAAAAUUGAGCUAUUGGAAGAUCUUAACUGUCAGAUAAGAAAGACUAACAAAGAACUUGAGAAUAAGUUGGCUACAAUAAGUGAACAAAAAUCACCAGCAACUAGUUCUUCUAUGAAAAAGGGAAGCCCUCUGCUAAGCCGAAAAGGAAAAAAUGUAGCUGCCAAAAUGAAAUCCCCUUGGAGUAACUUGUCUUCCGAAUCAAUACCUCAAGAAACUGAUAAAAAAACAUUUAAAAAUGAAGUAACCAAAUUUGAAAUGUUAGUAAAGUCACUCAACAAAGAAAUUUUAGACAAAGAGUAUAUAAUAUCCCAAAAAGAUUUAUUGGUUAACGAGUUAAAAUCUUCAAAUUUGGAAAAAGAAGCUAUUAUUGAGAAACUUCAAAAUGUACAAAAGGAGCCUAAAAAUGAUACUGUGGAUUUUGGUACUAUAACUGAAAACAUUGAAAAAUUGGAAUCAAAGUUUGUUCAAGGGGAAUCAGAACUUGAUGUAACUAAAGCUAGUCAGUCACAGGAUGUCACUGAUCUUGAAGACAAACUGAGAUGCGCUCAGCAACAAAUUGAUACGCUUAAUGCAGACAUUGACACUGCAAACAAAAAUAUGAUAAAAGUUAAAUCCAAUAAUAAGUUGAAAAUUAAACAAAUGCAAAAGACAAUUGAUAAUUUCAGUAAGGUAUCAGAUGCUAAUGCUGAGAUUGUGAGACUUAGUGAAGAAUUACAUCAAUUGUCUCAAAAAAUUGCUGAAUUGGAAGAGGAAAAGGGUAAUUUACAACUACAUCUUGUAGAUUAUGAUAGUGGCAGAUUGACUGACAGUGAGCUUUACAAAAAAAUGGUUGAGAUGGAAGGUUUGGCAGAAACAAGACUGAAAGCAAUCAGUACGUUAGAAACACAAAAAUUUGAACUUGUACAAGAGCUCCACAUGCUGCAGCAAAAAUAUGUUGAAAUGGAAGAUAAAUUAGCAGAUAUGUCACAAUUUCAAAAUGAGCAAGUUUGUUCUGAAAUGAAGUCUGUACAACUAGAAGAACAAAUUGACCACCUUAUGGCAUCCAAGAAAGAGUUGGAACUAAUUGUAGAACAGCUUAAAUUAGACAAAGAUCAGUUGAACGAAAUGAUAAAACAUUUACAAGAGGAAAAAGAAGAGAUUCUUCAUAAGUUGGAAAGUUAUAUUCAAGAAAAUAUUGACCUUACUGAUAAACUUGAGAAAUUGAGUGCAGAAAAAGUAAGUUCAGCAGAAUCUAUUGAAAUCGUUGAAUCGUUAACGACUCAGGAAAAACUAGAACUUGAGGAAUAUAAUAAGGGCAAAGUUAACACAACCCUGGAUGAUGAAUUUAAGCAACCCGGUGAAGGAAACAAUGGUCAAAAAACAAUCCAAAGUUUAAUAGAGCAAAGUGAUGAUUUGAACGAGAAAAUUGAAUUGUUUACGCAUGAGCGACAAGAAGUAAUGGAAAAAAUGGCAAGAAUCCAGAUAGAAAAUGAACAGUUGAUUGGUAAAAUAGAGCAAUUAACUAGUCAUUGUAAUUCGUUACAAGCAAAUAUUGAGCUAUUAAAUAAUGAAAAAUCUGAACUGCUUACCUUAAACAGUGCUCUUAACCAACAAAUUGAUGAAUUGAAACAUGAAAGAAUUGAUAUUAUAAAAGAAGCCAUUGAUAUUCCUAAACCUAGUAUCAUGGAAGAAUCAAUUGAUAUGAGUACAGAACAACAUCAAGAUGAAAAAUCAUCUGGUGAUAAAGGAACCAAAGGUAAAUCGGUAAAACAACUAACCAAAGAAAUUCUUAAAUUAAAGAAUACCAUAAAGGAAAGAGAAGCUGAAAUUGCCGAUUGCCAUAUGAAAAUAUUGUCUUUGGAGGAAAAUCAAGAAAAACAACAUGAACUUAUGCAAGAAAAAUCAUCUAUGGAGGUAAAAAUUAAUGUCUUAAUGGAAGAAAAUCAGCAAUUAAAAGCAAAAUUAAAUGCUUCAAUUAAGAACCAAGAUACUGAUAAGAAUUUGCAUGAAGACCUUCAAAUCGAAUUGCAAAAAGUUCAUCACGAAUAUGCGACUGCACUCAAUGUGAGGGAUGCAAGAGUGAAUGAAUUAGAAAAUUUGUUAAUCGAUUAUGAGAAACAAGUAUUUAACUAUAAUAAUACUCUACAGCAAAAAGACAAGGAAAUGACAGAAUAUAUCAAUCAAAUCACGAAACUUAAUGACGUUUCUCAGAAACUGAAGUCUACUAUCGAGUUAUUAGAAGAAGAGAAACAAAAAGAUCCCAAUGCUGAACUUGUAAAAUCAUUAAAUAAACAAAUUGGUGCUUACCAAAAAAAAUUAGGGGAGUAUGAAGAAAACAUGAGAACUUUAGAAGAAGAAAAACUCCAACUUCUUUCAAUGAAAAAUGCAUUGGAAAUCAAGAAUGGAAACUUAGACAUAGAACUGAAAAAAAUACAAGACACUUUACUUGAAAAACAAGGUCAAAUUAAAGAAUUACACCUUCAACAGAAGAAAUAUACAGAAGAAGUUUCAAGUGUUAUGCUCGAAGCGAAAGAGCGCGAUGAAGAAAUCCAUGAAAUAAAGUUACAGUUAAGGAAAGAAUCAAUUGAAAAUGAGAAAUUGCGUACAAGUUUAUCACAGAGAGAUAAAGAUAUAGAAGAUUUGAUUUUGAAAAAUGACGCUGAACUAAAAAGAAUAAAAGAGGAACAGCAAUUAUUUAUGUCUGAAAGAGAUAAAUAUAAAGAACAAUGUGAAGUUGUUGACUCUAAAAAUAAAGAACUUAUGGAAAAGUUGAAGAAAUUUGCUCUUACUAUAAAAAAAAAAUCUACAAUGUAUACUGAAUUAGAAAAUCAGUUCAACGAAACUCAGAGACAAUUAGACAUGAAAAAUGAUCAAAUAGAGCAGUUUUUAAUCCAAGUAUCGGCACUGCCAUCUUUACAAGAAAAGGUUAAACUGGCCGACGAAGAAAUAAGUAGACUUCUGGCACAGAAAAAAAUACUGGAAAAUGAAAAAUACCAAGGUGUCAUGGAAUUAGAAACGGAACUUAGAGUUCUUCAAGAUAAUUUUUCCAAAACAACUGAAGAAUUACACUUUACUCAAGAGGAAAAUUCUAACCUUAAAACACAUGUUAAUGCUUUACAAAAUAAAUUAGUUGAACAGGAAAUUGAGGAAAAGAAUAACCUUAAUUUAUUAACAAAGAUUUCAUCUCUUGAGUCUGAUUUAAAUAAUAAGCAGCAAGAAAUCAAUGAGUUAUUAAGUAGAAUUGAAAUCCAGGAUCAACAAUUAUUUGCUCAUACCGCCAAGAUUCAGGAACGAGAUUUAUUUAUUGAAACUUUAGAGUCUGAAAUAGCAAAACACAAAAAUCGCAUUUGUCGUUUAGAGGAAGGUAUUUCAGCUAUGGAAGACAGACGACACUCUCUUGAACGGAAAGCGGACCAGUUAGGGAGCCAACUACGUGAAAAGCAGAAAGCUUACAGCGAGUAUUCAAACCAGGAAGACCAAUUAAUUAGCCGUCUUGCCAUUCUUAUUGAUCACGAUAGGGUUGUCGAAAAGCAGCUACAUGAAAUUGAAAGUGACAAUAAAGAAUUGCAUCUUAAGAUUCAAUUUUUAACUGAAGAAAAUCAAAGACUUAAAAAAGCACUUUCUGAUAUACAAGAACAUUGUAAUACAAUGGUGGAGAAGGCGAGCAAAACUGACGAGUUCGAAGCGGAAAUAAUUAAAUAUCAAACACAAAUUCAUACCCUCGAAUCCAAUUUGAAAAAUCUGACUCAUGAACAUCAGACAUUGUUGGUGCAACGAAAACAGGAUAUAGACGAAUUAGAAACUGAAUUUAACAUGCAAAUAGAAAACGCUUUUAAAGAGAAGAAGGCGCUUAGUGAAAAAUACGAAAAAAUUAAUGAACAUGUCAUGGGCCUGGAACAUAAACUUCAAGACUAUAGAAAUAAAAUAGAAAACCUCAACAUAAAUUUGGAAGAAUUGACAAAAAUAAAUCAUGACCUUAUCGAAAAAUCUGGCAAUUCAAAUGACGUUGUUCCACCAGAUUAUACAGAGCAGUAUAUCACAGAAAUAAACAACUUAAAUGGCUUACUUAACAGAAAAGAUGACGAAGUAUACGAACUCAAGAACAAAAUAUUAACACUGCAAAGUAGCAAUGUAUCUAACACAUGUCUAUUGGAGAGUAAGAUAUCUGAUCUUAAUAAUGAAAUAGAAAAAAUGCGUUGUGAGCUUAACAACAUAAAGCAAUAUAACGAUCAGUUGCAUAAACAGAUGUUGCAGAAGGAUGAUAUCAUUAAAGAAUUGAAGGACAAGAAAAGUGUGACAUUCGAAAUGAAUAUUCCUAAAACAGAAGGUAUGGUAAUUUCUUCUACCAUUGAAGCUUUGAGUGAGGAAGAACCUAAGGAAUGUGACAUUUCUUCUCUUGAAUCCCAAAUAGUCACAGAUAUAAACCCAGAAAACAAAAGCAAAAAUAGUGCCAUGAAAAUUUCAGAAUAUUUCCAAUCAGAAUCAUCAUCUCAGCCAGAUAUUCUCAAUGAAUUUAUAGAACCAAUUAUUGUGCCAAAAAAAAGUUAUCUUUGCUACAAAGGUGAAGAUGAAUCUGUUGAGGAACUUGCUGAUCCUUUUAACUCAGACGAAGGGUGGGGCCUUGGAGAAAGUGAAAACUCUGAAGUGGUUAUACCAGGGGUGUCACAUCUUAAAGAUCAAAUUCUUCAGUUAAAGAAAGAAAAUGAGACUCUCCAAAGUGAUCUCGAAGCUAAUAAUGUCAAACUUUUAAAGGUAUUGAAAAAACUAAAAGAAUUAAAAGCUAUCAAUGACAGGUUGUCUAAAGAAUUAAAUCUAUCCAAGCAAAUGUCUCAGUCCUCAUUCUUGGAUUCAGCUAUUGAAGAUGAGUUACGUCUAAAUAUUCAAGAAUUAGAAAAAAGUAUAGAUGAGCUUAAGGCAGAUCUAGCCAAGGAGAAAAAAGAAAAAGAAUCUUUAAGAAAGCAAAACGAAGUAUUUAAUAAUGCAAAUGAUAGGUUUUUGGAAAUGAAAGAAAAAAUGGACAAUGAAGUAGAGUUGUGGAAAUUUAAAUUUAAAGAAGUAAAUGAUAAAUUAUCUUCCAUGCAGUGGGAUUCAAAAGGUACCCCAGAACACAAACCAUCAACUUUAAGUUCGUAUCCAGCCGAAAGUAGUGAAGUCAAGGAAGAAAUUGAAAAACUAGAGAAAGAAAAUGAUGAAUUGCAACAAUUGGUUGAUCAGUUAAUGUCAGAAAACAGAGAACUUCGAAAUAAGCAGGAUGAAAUAAAAAACGAAUUAAAUCAAUUACAUCGAAAAUCGGAAUGUGAAAAUUGCGAAAAUUUGAACAGGCUAAUAGCGAAGUUGCAGACUGACAACAGCGAACUAUUAAAUACUAAUGAACUUCUAAAGAAAAACCUCAAUGAUUUAGAUAAACAUUGCAAAGAGAUCGCAUUGAAUUAUGACAGUCUUCAAUCCAGUAAGAAUGAAAUGCAGGCUGCCUUUGAAAGUGAUUUAACUCAAAAUGCUGCUAAGAUUUUGCAAUUGCAGAAAGAUUUGGAUUUAGUAACUUAUUCAGAACACGAGGCAAAAAUUAAAGUUACUCAACUAUCAUCUGAUUUAGAGUCCCUUAAAAUGCGAUUGAAUGAAAAUCACAAUAAAAUUGAUUUACAGGGCUCUGAUUCACUAUUGUUGAUAGAAAAGUAUAAUGCAAUACAAGAACAGAUUAUUCAAAUUCAAGAAGAAAAACAGCACCUUGAAGUAAUAAAUAAGGAACUUUUGGAAAAAUAUACUUCUUGCGAAGAGCAGAUUAACAAUUACAAAGAACUGUGCAAAAACUAUGAUAUUAAGAUUACAGAAUUAAAUACAAAAUUAUCUCAAAACGUUGUUCGUCCAGAUAAUGCUCUGCCAGAGGAAAUACUUGAAUUAAAUAGUAAAAUAAAGCAAUUGAAUACUGAAAAUGACGAAUUACUGUCAACCGUUACGGAAUUGCGAUCUUCAAUUGCUAGUGCAGUCGACCAGCGUGGUUUUGAAAUUUCUGAAUUAUGGAAACAACAUUUAGCACAGAGAGAGGCUGAUUUUCAGAAAACUGAACAAGAGCUUCGUGCUGAAUUAAAUGCUGCUGAAACUAAAUAUGAACAGUUGCUUGAUAGUGUACAGUCGUCAAGUCAAGAAGAAACAAAUAAAUUGAUUAUGGUAGAACAAAUCAAUGCAUUGCAGACAAAAUUACAAGAUAAAGAAGAACAUUUACAUAAUUUGCAAGACAAAUAUGCUGAAGUUAUGAACCAGUUAGAUAUGCAACGUUCAGAACUGGAAGAUGAAAAAAUUAUGCAAGAUAAUAAAUUGCUUACGCAACAAGAUGACUAUGAAAAGCUUGUACAAGAUUUAAGGGUCAAUCAUCAACAGUCUAUAAAGGAAUAUGAAGAUAGUUUUGAACUUAUACAGGCUGAACUUACUGCAGCCAAAACUCAAAAUGAUACAUUGAAUCAGCAACUAGAAGAUAAUAUCGCAAAAUUAAUGGAAUCUGAAAGGAAAAUUACAGAAUUGUCAAAUGAAAUUAAACUAAAAGAUAGUGAAAUAUACCAAAAAACUUUAGAGUACACACAUAAUUUAUCCCAAAGAAAUGAAGAGUUUGAGAAUGUUAGAAAACAACUAAUAGAAUACGAAAAGAAAGUUGAAGAUAUCACAUAUGAAAAAGAAUCGGAAUUAGCAAUCUUGCGAUUGAAGUUACAUGAAAAUACAAAUCACUAUGAAAGUAAACAGAAAGAGCUAGAAGCCGACAAGGAAAGUUUGACAGAAGCCUUAAACGAAAAAAUAGUAGAGUGUACUAAUUUAAACAAACAUAUUGUAGAAUUGAAGCAAUUGUUAGAAGAACAAUCAAGUAGCACUGCAGAAAUGCAAUUAGCAUUAGAAAGCCAGGAAGUAGAGAUAGUAACGUUAAAUGAUGAAUUAUCUAAAUUACAAAAUAUAAUAAGAUUGUCGGCGGGCAAAAUCGAGAAACAUGUAACAUUUGCAUCAGACACGAAACCGGGUACCGAUAGCAAAACAGCUGAGGAAGAUUUGGAUAAAGAAUUACUUGAUGCUGUUCCUAGAGCAGAACUGGACCUCGCCUUGUAUAUGUUGCACCAACGUGAUGUGCGCUGUGAGGAACUUACUAUGGAACUUACGCAAUUGCUAGAAGAAAGGGACACUUUACAGUUGCGUUUAUCUGAUAGCCUUCGUUCAAAUGAGGAACUCAAAUCCAGGUGCAAAGCAGCAGGUGUAGACGACUCUCUGGAUUCUAGCCAAGAAACAGUCUCGGAGUUACCCAGCUUCUCAUUGGAAAGAGAGCAGCAGUUUGUGGACAUACACCGCGGACAGUCCUCGCGCAGUAGCAGUAUAAGUGAUGUGGACGGAGACAAACCUAAACUACAAGCAAAGCUAUCAGAAUUGCGUAGUGUGAAGCACAGUCGCGACGUGAGACUGCGGCAGGACAGUGAGCAGCGGCAGCUCGGGCUGAGGCUGAUGCAACGAGACGUGGAGCAUCUCCCGCCCGAGGCACGGGAACAACUGGCACAGGCGCACCACACACUCUCUCGAGAUUCCCAGAGCACUUCCACAGUGCUGCUGAAUUGGCUUCGAGGAAAGAGUACACCUAAAGUCGUCCAUAUGUGAGUGUAGGAGCUCCGCAUUUUGAAACAAAGUUUCAGGGUGUCAAUUUUGCAAAAACUACUGAUCUAAACAAACUAUCACAUAAGAUUCCGUUAGAUAAUUGAUUUUGCAUUGUUCGAUUUUUUCCAUGAAAGCUCCUCUACUACCUACCUAAAUCUACAACUCUAAAAUCACAGUUUGUUAAAUGGUAUACUUUUGCUACUAAGUAAUUUUGAUUGAAAUAUAAUUAAAAUGAAAUACCAAUAGUGUGACAUUAAAGUACUUUUUCUGUUUGGUCCGGGUCUUUGAUAUUUAUGUUUUUACUAUAAAAUAUAAUAACGUUAAGUAAGUAUCUCAUAACACAUAAUAAGACUCGAACUAACAUUGGGGCUAGCUAAAUGUGUGUUAUUUAUCGGGUAUAAUAUUAAAGUAUAAGUAGUUGUAGAAUUGACGCCCAGCAAACUGUGUGUUCCGGGUAUGCCUUAAUAAUGUUAUUCUUAUUGGUUGGUAUUAUAACUAUCCAAUUAUAAUUAAUAAAUAGGGAAUUGCAUUUAAAGUUCCACUAUCCACCACCAACGACACAAUUUUGAAAUGUUUAGGGAACAUCUCAUGAAUUGUGGACCGCCUUCAUUUGUCCACAUUAGAUAUUUAGCGAUAGGCUGUCAUUGUCAUGCUAUGUACCUAUUUUCAUUAAUAUUUUUUAUUUUCUUUAAAUUAAGUAGGUAUCACAAUAGGCAUUCCUUUGCAGUUAUAAUCACUUCUAAAUUUUGAGGAUAAAAAUAAGUAACUUUAUUAUGAAUUCGGCUUUAAACUUUCUAUUGAAAUUUCUGCGGCAUUUCAUAUCUUAAUUCAGCUGUCGAACUAAAUGUCUGCGACAAAAACGAACGGACGACUUUUUCUGAACCUAUGCAUUCCUGUAAAAUGUAUAAUUUAGUUCAAUGACUAGAAUAUACAUCCUUUUGUCUAUUAUAUCCUUUUCUGCAAAUUUUGUUUUAUUUAAAAACUAUCUUAUGAAUUUAAUCAAGGUUAAAAAUUAUUUGUUUUAUCAAUUUAGCUAUAAGUGUAUUUAAUUGUAAUUUUGUUUUGAAAGUAAAUAAACCACUUGCGGUUCUAAAAUAUGUUAAUAACAGAAACCGAGGCGUCUUCUGGUUCAUUACCAAGUGUAUGUAAAUGUUAUUGAUUAUUAUUUUUUAUUCAUAAUUGUUUAUUGUAUAUAUAUUAUUGGGUCCAUACUGGAUAAGGGUCCCUGUAUAUGACACUGUAAAUUUGUUUUUCAUUAAACAACGUUUCCAUAUA